GAAACUUUCUAUGAUGCUAUCGUGCGCCCAAAAUCGGUUAAGCUCCGGUCUACAUACUAUUCGUCGAGUCAGACUAGCGUCUUCUGUCACUGUCACGCGUAUCGUUGCGUGAAAAUCGCAUCGGUACAAAUCCUCGGUAGAUUCUUCGUGUUUCCUGCAAAAAGAUAGAAACACUCCCAAGUCGUGCCCCACUCCAAACCCGAGUCUGUAUCCUCCAAAGUACAUAAAAAGCUGUUUAAGAUCAGAAGGAAACUGCCUAGCAUUAUCUGAUAAAUGAUAUCGCCACAGACUCGUUGUAGAAAGACGAGACCAUAUUAUAGCAGCGUCGCAUUCCAAAAAAAAAUCAGUUGACAAGAUGACGGUCAUAUCAACAAGUUUUGCUGCCGCCGCCAUCGACGCGUCUACCGGUCCGAAGAAUACUGCGGAGGCUGCUCUUGCUCGCCUACUGAAGGAAAAGCACUUUCCUAAUGAGUCUUUGGCGGAAGGGUUCCCACCAAAAAAGGUGGCGAACACACCUGCCAUGAACGCCGGUCUGCCUCCCAUACCAGAAUUUGCGAUACCUAGUCAGCAUCCACCCUCCUUUCCGCCACCUGGAGGGCCAGCUGCGACCGGUAAGAUGGAGAUACCAAACAUGUAUCCGACGCAUACGAUACGCGGAUUUGCGAGUCUGUCUGCGAUGCUGCAGACUAUGUCCGCCCUCAACGUCCUGAAGCAAGCGAGUUCGCAGGCUGUGAGGAUCAUGAAAGGCAACGUAGUCGCACGCACACGGGCAGAAGAAGCUUACAAAGAGGCACUGCAGAUGGAUCCGGACCCUAUGACGCAGAAUGUCCUACAUCAACUUCAGAACCAGACUAAGCAAGUAGCAGAUGGGUCUGAACGCUUUCUCCAUUCUAUGGCUUCCUCUGUUAGGCAAGCGGAACUGGCGGUAGAUGCGAUGAAGGAUGAAUCGAGGGGAUUUUUGGACAUUCCAGAUGAUUUCAAGUUGGCUUGACAUUGACUUACUAAGUUUUUUUCGCUGGUGAACGCUUUUUUGACAGCACUUUUUUUGAAUACUUCGAUUGAUAAUGAUUCCUUGAUGGACUCCUCUAUUUGACCGCGGGGUGAUCGGCUUCGCCCAGCACUUCAUCUUCGAAAUCCAAGUCUCUGAGCGCAGAUUGUUUUCUUGAGGUGUCUUCACCGUCAUUUUUGUGACUUUGUCCGCGAAUCAAU